CCCACUGGAAACAUGUCGUCUAUUUUUACCUCCUCUGCCAGCUCUGCUCUCUCCCUGUCGGUCUCUCUCUCUCCCCCUGUCUCUCUGUCAGUCGUGGCUUCAGUGGCAGCAACACAGACUCAGCUCUACAGAAACUCUGUGUCAGAUAAAGCAGUGACAUGGACUCAGCUGAACCUGCAGGAUUGUUCUCAUAAACAAGAACAGGAGGAAAAGUUCUCUGGAGACUUUGACUUCAAUGACGGCCGGUGACCCUGAGGACACAGGGACAUGUGAGCGGAGGACAGGUGGACAGAGAGGAGAAGGAGAAGACAACAUGAAGUGUCCUCCGUCUUUCACCCCCAUCAGCACAAUUGCCAUCCAGGCCGGCCAAUCACAGCUGGUCGUCUCUGUCCUCCAGAGCGGCUCUCUUGUCCACCUCCAGCUGGUCCAGGUCCAGCCCAGUCUAUGUGAGGUGGGAUCAGACCAGGAGGAGAACCGGACCCUGAUCCAGGAGUUGCAGCAGCUGAAGGACAAACUGGAGAAACAUGAGAGGGAGGUGCUGGCGGCGGUGGAAAAUGGCCGACAGACGGAGCAGAGGCGGAGGAAGGAGAAGCAGGCGCAGGAGGUGCACAAGGCCAUGGAAGCUUCUGUGAGUGAGGGAUGGUCUCUGCUCCUCCGUCUGCUCCACAGACGACAGGAAGUCCUCCUGCUGGCGUCAGACUUUUACUGCAGAGCCCUGGAGUUUGUGGUCAGCAUGGACAGGGCAGAGAAGCUUCACAUCAGCACAGACUCUCACAGACUCACCUGCGCCACCAUGAGGAGAGGUCUUCUGGAUAAGUCCCUGACAGUUCUGAGCAGCAGCAGUGUUCUGCUGCAGAAGCUGCAGCUGCUGCAGAGGGCAGAGGCCCUCCACAGGAGAGGGACGGUACUGCAGGAUGACGACUGGGAACAUGAACACCAGAGUUCCCAGGGCAGCUGGGGGGCGGUGCUAAAGCUGGAGGAGCUGCUGGAGACUCUGCAGGACCGGAGGAGGACGGUGGACCAGGCUCUCAGACUGAAGCUCCAACAGCUGGAGAACCAGGUCUUGAAGAAAGACCACAAGUCCAGACCUGAGGUCUGGACCCCCAUCCUGGACCAGAACCUGCCACCUGAGUCCACAUCUUUCAAAAGUGCUGACCUGCAGUCAGAUUCCAAAACAGAAAAACCUAGGGACCUUGAAUCUGGAUCCAGAGCAGAUGUGAGGCCUGGACCUAUCGUAGAGAAGACUACAGUGAAAAACCAUGUGAAGUCCGGAUCUAGAUCACAACAAACCAGAAUCCGGAAUCCUGAAUUCAGAACAGAGGAAAAUAACGACCUGAAUCCUGAAUCCAGAACAGAUGUUCCGUCUGGAUUGAAGGCAGAUCUGCAGCCUAAGUCUGGAUCUAGACUAGAGAACUUCAGAAACCUGCAGUCCAGAUUCAGAUUAGACGUGAAUUCAGAUUCCAAAUUAUUGCAGACCUGUGAUGGUCAGUCUGAAUCCAUUUCAGGUCUAAGGCCUGGUUCUAGGUCCCAGGAGAUCAGUUAUGUGCAGCCUGAGUCCUCAUCAGAUGUGAAAUCUAAAUCCAGAUCACAAGAGUCCAGAAACAUGCAGACAGAAUCCAGAUUGAACCAGAAACCUACAUCAUGGAAAGGCAAAGACCUGCAGUCUGAAUCCGGUUUAGAAGAGAGUUUGGAGCUCCAUUUAGGAUCCGAGUCAGACACAGACCCUGAAUCUAAGUCAGAUCUCGAUGAAACCAGUCCAUCUAGAUCCAUUUCAGCUCUGAUGCCUGGUUCCAGACCACAUGAGACCAGCUACGUGCAGCCUGAGUCCACAUCAGAUAUGAAAUCUGAAUCCAGAUCAGGAGAGUCCACAAACAUGCAUGCAGAAUCCAGAUUGGACCAGAUACCUACAUCAGAGAAAAACAAAGACCUGCAGUCUGAAUCCAGAUCACAGACCAAAGAGAUUCAUGUGCAGCCUGGAUCCAGAUCAGAGAGGAUCAGAAAGCUGCAAUCCAGAUUCAGAUUAAACCAGACAGCUGGUUUGAUGCCUGGUUUUAGACCACAUGAGACCAGUUACCCGAAGCCUGAGUCCACAUCAGAUAUGAAGUCUGAAUCUGGAACAGAGCAGUCCAGAAACAUGGAGCCAGAAUCUAGAUUAGAACAGAUGCCCAUACUGAGAACACAACAAACCACAUAUGUCGAGUCUGGGUCUAGACCACAGCAAAUCAGAAGCCUAGAGUCAGGAUCCAGUUCUGAUCCGAUACCCAGAUCGAUAUCUGAGAAAAACAAAGACCAAGAGUCUGAAUCCAGUUCAGAGGAGAUAGUGGAGAUCCUCUUUUGUGGUGAUCCACCUGAAUCCAGGUCAGAUACAAAGCCUGGAUCCGUAUCAGGAAAGAUCAGAAACCUGCUGUCUGGAUCCAGGUCAGACCUGCAGACUUCAGAGGAGUCCAGACCCAGGUCUGAGGGGACUAUGGAGUUACAGUUCAAGUCCAAAUUAGCAAAGAGCAAAGACCUGGCAUCUGAAACUGAUCUCAAGCCUGGAUCUGGAUCAGACAGAACCACCAGAUUACAGGUGCAGGAGACGUUUGAUGAAGGAAACCACGCCCACAAUGUCCUCCCGGCCAAUCAGCAGCAGCUGUUGUCUUCCUGUGAACUCCUCAUGGACAAGGUGUGUAGCUGGGUGCAGCAGAGCAGGAGUGUGUUGUCAAACUGUUCAGACGCAGGACAAUGUCUCUGUGAAGCAGAGGACGCUCUGAACACACACAUGAAGCUGUGCACACAGGCUGAGUCUGCUCGUCAUGACGUAGAGAAUCUGAAGCAGGUCCUGGAUCAGAUCGGAGCUCUGCCUAUAGAUGUAUCCUGCAGAACUGGUCCCUGCCUUCACAGUGAAUCCUGUAGACCGCUGUCCGUCCUGAAGACCCUGACCCAUCAGCUGAAGAGAUGUGGAACAGCACAACCUGCUGCUGCCUCCACUGGGUCACUGAGUCCUGAACUGGCUGCUGGAGUUGACGUGGUUCUGAAGGAGCUGCAGAGUCUGAACCUGAAGAUCAAGUCCAACCUGCAGCUGCUGCAGCCGUACGUCUCCUUCCUCAGGACGGUUCAGCAGGUGGAGGAGCAGAUGGAGGAACUGAGAGGGAGCUCCAGGAGGAGGUCAGGUGAAGAAGAGGAGAACAUCGAGUCUGCCAACAGUUCCUGGCCACCACUGAAGAAGAAGGAGGAGCAGGAGGAAAAGGAGCAGGUUGACAUCUGCUGGCAGGACAUGCUACAGAAGCUCCUCACUACUCAGGAACUGGGAAAAAACUAUGUCCAAACCAUCGUCAUGGUGCUGGGAUCAGGCUUGGACCUGCAGUCUCUGGUGUCCGUGGUCCAGCAGACGAUCGAGAAGCUCAGCAGAACCGAACAGGAAGUGAAGGAGCUGUGGAGUCAGCAGAGAGUCCAGAUCCAUCACCACCAGGGGGACAUGAAGUCUUACAGGAGGUUCCAGGACAGACUGCUCAAGAACCUGCAGGACUUGUCCUGUGUCUCUGAGCUGCUGGACUCAUGUACCUCAGUGGACCUGGAUUCAGACGUGCAGGCCUCCAGGUUGCUGGAGCGCUUCAAACUGGCCAGACCUCAUUUUACUCAACUGGACAUAGAGGUGGCUGACAUGAAGAAGAGCUGGAAGACUGUGAGAGGAGUCCAGCAACAUCUGCAGGUGAAGGAGGUGAAGGAGGUGAAGGAGGAGGUGGAGGAUCUGGCCAAGCUGCUGAAGCUCCAUGAGAAGGUGAAGAGGAAGGUGGAGCAGAGUGAGUUGAUCCUGGAUCUGACGAGCAGCUUCCAUCUCACUGUCCAACAGCUGGAGGCGCUGUUAUACGCUAAGCCUCCAGCUGAGCUGAGUCGAGUCAGAGAAGAACGACAGCUGAUCCAGAGUCUGUUUGAGAAGCUUUCAACGCUGAAGACGCACAUUUGUGCUGCUGCUGCUGCACACACUGUGUCAGGUUUCAGUGUGGAGCAGCUGCAGCGCCGCCUUCUGUCUCUCGAGUCUCUCUGCGCGUCGUGGUUGAACAAAGCCGUUCGUCAUGAGGAGAUGCUCUGCCUUCUCAAUGAUGACAUCAUCCAGGUGAGGUCACAGAGCCACAGUCGUGCUAACGUGAUGAUGCUAACGUGAUGAUACUAACGCGAUCUUGCUAACAUGGUGAUGCUAACAUGAUCAUGCUAACAACUGGAAAACAACAACAUUAGCUGUUUGUUGUGUUUUAUUUCAUUUGUUGGAUCAAGGAUUUAUUUUUGUGUUUUUUGCUUCAGUCAAAGAUGUUGUGUGAUGAGACGCUGGCGCCCUCUGUAGGUGAGAGUGCGUCAUCACUGGUUUCUGUGGUGAGUCACUGAACAGCAGCUGCUGCAGGAAUGAAAGGGAGAGAGAGAAAGAGAGAGAGAGAGAGCGAGAGAGGCUAAAUAAAGGUGGUGGGUAUUUCCCAUCAUGCACCUGGUGCUGUGUGUCAGACUCAGUGACUCACAAACUCAGCUCUGAAGAAAAGUUAAAAGUUGAGUUUUCUUUGACCCUUUGUUUUCACAGAGGCAGACAUUUUGUUUUAACCCUCUUAUGACAUCAUGAGAAUAAUCUGGAUUCAUUUAGAUUCCAGAUUUUAGAUCACGUUCACUUUCCAUAUCUGUCAGUUAUUUAACUGUUUACUCAGAAGAUGACGUCACACACGUGGCGGUGAAUCUCAUCUGUGAUUGGACGCUGGUUCCUCUGAAGUCCGAGAACAUGAGAUUAAAGCUCUGCUUCUCUGCUUUCAUG